AAUCCAAAAUUGACCAUUUAAAUUGGGAAGAAUUUAGAUUUUCGUUUUCGAGUAACGCGAUUGGUGUAAUCCUUUUCGGAAAAGAAAAUCUUGAUUAAUCCUUUUCGGAAUAGAAAAUGUUGAUUUAAUCCUUUCGAUUUAACCAGUCUCGUUGCCUCCUCCACCGGCGCCGUCGUUGUUUGAAUCAAUCACAAUCAGACUUUCAGCCCAAAAGCGAUUUCAAGAAUUAUUAGGGAAGGCAAUCAAUCGUCUUCCCCAUCCUUUCAUUCUUCUUUAAUUCGUCUCUCCACUCCAACCCAAUCCAAUGGCUUCUUUUGGAAUUCGAUGUGGAGGAAAUUGCGGUGUGUUGAAUCUUAACGACGGAUGCGAUCACAAACCAUUCCCUCCUCCUCGUUCUGUAGUCGCUUCCACCGCAAGAUUAAGGAAACCAAGGAGUUACAUUACCGCGAUGAAGAGUUUAGAGCCGGUGAUUAGAAGAAAAAACGUAGACGAUGAAGUAAUCUCAUGCGAGAAUUUAGAUGAAUGGAUGAAGGAAUCAGUGGUUGACAUUGUGAAGAAUCUUCGAGAAGCACCUCUGUUUGUAAGAUUUUACAAAGAGAACGGGAAAACGGCGAGAUUCGAAACGGAGAAGGCGGUGGAGGAAGAUAGAUGGCCCAUCUUGGAAAAUCAAUGGAAAAACGGAGCAGAAGCGACGCCGGAAGGGAUCAUAUUCGUACAAAAGCUUGAAGACGAAGAAGAAGAAGAAGAAGAAGUUGAGAUGGAAGGGGAACCGAAGGCGUGGGGGAUUGUAGUACAAGGGAGAGGAGUUGAAAGAGGAGCACCGGUGUGUUACUUGUUGAAGACGAGUAGAGCGGCUGGGUUAGGGCUAUGGUGUACGCAUUUCUGCUUGGUUAGGGUUAAGAAUUUCAGAGAGACGACGAAAUCGCAGCUUCAAAAUUGUUGGUUGAUGCAGAAUCAAUAAAGAAGAAGAACAGUGGCGGUUCAAUGGUUAGAUACACUCAUAAUUUCAAAUUCAAUACUCAACGUGAAGUAAUUGUUCAUAGUUUUUUUUUUUUUUUUUUUUUUUUUUGGGAGUUUGUGUUCUUUUGAUAGAAAAGGAAUAUCGAAAUACUUUGGGUGAGGAUGAAGGAGGAGAGGGAUAGUUAGUUAUUUUAUUUUUCAUUUUUUUUAUUGUUAAUUAUUUAGUUAUAUAUAAUAUCUAAUUAGUUAUUUCCAAACUAUACCUAUGCUCAUCUCUCACUCUUUUGGAUUUGGAUUA